AUGGCGGGCCACGCAAAUUUGCGGCCCAUGCUCGCGCAACGUCCACGAGUUCCCGCGAUCUCGUGCGGCGCCGGAAACUCGCGUCUGCACUCUCCCGGCAAGGCCGCUUGGAAAAGGGACGCCUUCACCGCAAACAACGCCGCGGUUCAGCCGGACGCCUUGCCGCGGUGCUGGAAAGUUCGACCCAACGGGAACUCCCCGCCCCGCAGCUCGCCUGGUCCUUCUUGGCUUUUGCCCGUGCAAUGCACCGCCGCCUCUGCCCGUACGGUUCAUCGCCCUCCUGAACAAGGAAAAAACAACAGCAUAAAAGCACACACAACACACCGCAGCCGAAAAGUUGGCGAGGCAAGGCAUCCAGCCGGUGUUCCAUGA